CGCCGCCCCGCCAGGCGCCCGCCCCCCCUCGGCCCCUCCCCGGCUCCCCCCUCCCCACCAGGACUGCCUGCUGCCCCCGGCCGGCCGGCCCCCACCGCGACUCCGCGAGGUAAUCAAAAUCGACUGCUCAUUGCUCAAUCUGACAAUCUGUGUACAUUGACUGCUCAAUGUAUCAAAAUUGCUAGUGGAUGCAUUUCAAUCUCACACAGUUGACAUGAAGAAGUCAAAAAUGACAUUUGAUUUAGACAAAUAAGCACAACAAACAUGAUCUUCUGUACAGACUUCUCAAAUUUGUGCUAGUGUUACCUGUAGCAACUGCUACCGUAGAGAGAGUGUUUUCAAUAACGAAUCAUGUGAAGAACAAGUUGAGAAAUAGGAUGGGAGAUCAGAACUUGAAUGAUUGUUUGGUAACCUUUAUUGAGCGUCAGUUCUUUUUGCAAGUCAAAGAUAAUGACAUCAUCAAUCGGUAUCAAGCAAUGAGGGAUCGGAAAGUUAAAAUUAAAUUGUAAUUUUCUUCUAAUGUUUUAUAAUCACAGUUUGUUAUGGAAUACAUUUAGUUUGAACUAUAUGUAUGUUUUAUUUAUUCCCUUGUGAACUUUUUAUGUCGUUCGUCUAAAUAUUUUCUUGCAAUGGGCAUACCCUACUCUGAAAUCCUGGGUCCGCCACUGCUCAUCAUGCAGGCCCGAGGCCCCCCUUGUGAAUUUAAAUGAAGAAUAUUUGAAUUCAUAUUAGAAUUCAAAUUAUAAUAUAAUAAAAGGUACUAUCAGAUUUGAUUUCGCAUCGAAUCCCAUCCCGCUAGGAUCCCGUCCGGCUGUCACUGAGCAAACGACAGGGCAUGCAGUCCUCUGGACCGCCGUCGUCGUCGAGGGCUCGAGACAGCAGUACAAACGUGGAGGCCGCAGAGCAAAAGGAGCCCCCAACCAAAAGAGUACUCCUGCAGAGAGGACAACGGUGCAGCAAUGGCGACGAGCCUACUCACCCAUGGCGACAAGAAAAGCUUCACGUCAGUAUACUCCUGCUCGCUGGCAGUGAGAGAGACUGAAGACACUGUGCCACUGUGCUCAUCAUCUCUCUCUAGGUCUUUCUCUCUCUUUGGCUUUUGGGGUAGCCGAUGAGGUCGCGGCGUGCCUCGUACGUGCUCCAAUGGCGUCUCAACAGCGCUGGGAAAUUAAAUGGGGUUGUUGAUUAGAGUUUCUUCUUUGAAGAAGAAGUUCGUGAUUAGAGUUGAACAUGGGCUUCUUUGUUAGAAGGUGAGUGAGAGAGCACCCUCAAUUUGGAGUUUAAUUUCAGCGUGUCAAAAUCUAUACUAUAAAGAUCCAGUAGUUUUGAAAACAUUUCCCUCGCAAUGAACCUACUGCGCAGGUUAGAGGGAUGUGAAAGCAGAAAAGAUUGAUGCUUUCUAAAAUGUUUCCGCUGUUUCUGUUUUUCUAUCGUCACCACGCGGUGCCACACCCGCCUGGAGCAUGCGCUAAGGUCUCGCUGGGCCGCGGUCACAUUUGUCGUUCCUGGUCCCCGCUCCCUGACCGCCACUCGUCACCGGGUAGCGGCCUCGCCUCCACUCCCUGGUUGGCGCCAUAGCCAGCCAGGCCCUCCACGUUGAGGCAUACCUGCCUACAACUUCACAGGAUGCAAAUAUGAUUUGCACAACAUGGGCAUGGGUGGAAAGGCUUCUGUGCUGAGGUUUGGGUGUAAGCCGAUCCCCUCCUCUAUCAUUGCUAAUACUUGUGAUUGAUCAAAAGAGAUUAUUUUGUGCUCCAUCUCCACCUGCAAUUAAAGGUUUGGGUACUAUCUUCUGAAUUUUCCUUCUAUUGUCACCUGACUGAUUAUUUAUUGACAUAACAAUCUCACAUGUUCCAAUUAAUCUCAAACAUGAUAGAAACCCUAGCAUUAGCAUUCUUGACAAGAACAUGCGAAUAAGUUACUUUCUCUGAUUUGGCUGUUCUUUCCUAACGAAUAAAACUCACUGCAGUACCACUACGAAUGACACAAAUUUUGCAGCUUGCUGGUAUCCAACUAGGUGAUUGGGGUCCAACACUUAGCAUUGUAUACGAGUAAUGUUAAAUUCCGUAUAUUUUCUAUUUUUAUAUGGGUAUUUUUUUUGUUAUUGAAUAUGUCCAUGGUGCAUGUAUCUAUGUUUUAUGAAUAUAAAAUUCUUGUUUACUUUUAGUGUGUGCCGCACGUGCACUCACCUAGUUAUGGGUUAAUAUAGACUUUUUCCCCUUUUCUUUCCUGGAAGCCAAUGUUUAUCCAAAAUUUUUAAUUUGGUAGUCUCUGCAUCUUCUUUAAGUUGCAUGUGUUAUUUAUUAUCACUUUGUCAGUUAGUCUGAUGGUGAGAGAAAAAAUGUCUUGUUAUGUAUUGAUGUCUCCCAUAUAUGCAUUAACCUUUUUCUAUGGUCUCUACUUCAUUUCUUCUUCUACACAAUAUUGAGCUUGCAUGCACCGACUGACUCAACCUAAAAGGUUAUUGAAUUGUAAAAAGGCGGAUAAUUUUUUUUGUACUUCAACAACACAAUCUAGAUGACCAACUAGACGAUUAAGACAUCUUAUAGUGUAGCAGUAAAUAUACAAAUAAAUACUUAAAUAGCUGCAAAGUUUUCAUAGUUGCACUAUAUUUUUCAAGAAAUUAUAAAAAAAUAAGGCAUACCUUCCUGAGGUAAAAAAAUGUUGUUUUAUUCUUCCAUUCUAUCCUCAAAUCAAUUCACUAAAUAGCAUAAAAAAUGUAUGGUUAUGUAUUGAUGUGUCCCAUAUAUGCAUUAACUUUUUUCUAUGGUCUCUACUUCAUUUCUUCUUCUACACAAUAUUGAGCUUGCAUGCACCGUCUGACUCAACCUAAAAGGUUACUGUUAUUGUAAAAAAGGUGGAUAAUUUUUUUAUACUUCAACAACACAAUCUAGAUGACCGACUAGACGGUUAAGAUGCUCAUAGUGUAGCACUAAAUAUACAAAUAAAUACUUAAAUAGCUACACAUUUUACAACAAUACAGAUUGGUGUCGAGGCGGAUAUCCGCGAGUCGGGUCCACGGGUUUCAGUUUUGAUUCCUAAUUUUUAUCCACGGUUACCCAAAAUAGCGCGGGUUUGGGGUGGGCUUUUAAAAUCAUGCAUGGAGCUUCAUCGAGACCCGAAACCAUUGGGCCCACUAAAGACCCAUUAGCAACCCUAGUAUAUAACUCGGCAGCAUCCUUAUCCGACCGCACUCCGCACCAACCCAGUCACCCCCCGCACCCCCACCCCGCCGUCGUCCCGCGCGGCCUCUCCUGCACGCGUCCCGCGAGGCCGCGCCCUGCCGCCGUCCUGGCCCCGCACGCCGCACCUAGCUGGCACCCCGCCCGCUCGGUCGCUCCACCCCGGGUCCCUGGCACCCCGGCCGCACCACCCCGGGUCCCCGGCACCCCGCCCGCUCCACCCUGGCACGGCGACACCCCGCCUCCUGCUCCUCCACCCAGCCGCGAUUCCAGCAGUCUAGGAGGAAGUGAGCAAUGUCAGCUCCUGGUGCUUCAAGUGGGUCUCAAUCUGCUGCUGCAUCUCAAUCUGUGGGUUCUCAUCCUCAAACUCGACGAUGUGUUGCAGCCAAUUCAGUAACACCGCCAUCCAAUUCAGCAGCACCGGCAACUGAUUCUGCAACUGUAGCCAAGUACUUCAGUCGAUCCAGAUGUCUAGACCAUCUAUUAGUCUUAAGCUCAUUUUGGGGCUGAUCUGGGGCAUCAUCCACUUGGCAAUCAGGCUUUUUAAUUUAUGGUCUCUUCUGAUUUAUAAUCUAGAAUGCUAUAUUAUUUCAUCUGGGUUGUUGCGGAAGUAUCGGUACCUCCACCUGGAUCGACUGAAGUACCUGGCUAUUGUGGUGGAUAGCAAAGAAGCUAAAAAUACCGUGAAGAUCAGGCAGCUAUUGUGCUGGCUCUCAACUAUGGGUGUGAAGUAUAUAUGUCUCUACGACAUUGAGGGAGUCAUGAAGAAAUCAUUUGAACCGGCUAUGGAGGGUUCAAGAGAUGGGAAGGUAAGAGAAUAUCUGGGUAUUAGUGCAAGCAUUUCACACUCUAGCCACAAGGAUUUGGCAAUAGAGUGUCUUUCUGGUUCUGAUGGCAAGGAGGGUAUUGCUAAAGCAGCCAAUUUACUUUGCUCAACUUACUUAAAUGGUGAUACUCAUGGAGAUGGCAAAACGGAGCCAACAUUUACAGAAGCUGACAUGGCCAGUGCGCUGAAAGCUGUAGGUUGUGGUGGACCAGAACCUGAUCUUCUUCUCAUGUAUGGUCCUGCUAGAUGUCAUUUUGGCUUUCCUGCAUGGAGAUUACGGUAUACUGAAAUUAUGCAUAUGGGACCACUAAAAUCAAUGAAAUAUGGUGCCAUUAUGAAAGCUUUAUAUAACUUCUCGAAGAAAUACCAAAAUUAUGGUAAAUGAGAGUUGGUACUUUUGUAACGAAGACCAGUAGCAGUUUACUCCCUCCACCAUUUUUUCUGCUGCUGAGUACAAUACUAAAUUCGUCGUCACACCCCACACUGUAUUUCCCUUGUACAAGAUCGGAAGUGCCACUGACAGAAUAUACGGGAUCAGAACCCUUUUGUAAAAGUCGCGUCAACAGUACUGAUUAAUGAACCUGCCCUCGAGCACGACUUUGCUUGUUCAGUUGCCUCGUCAAGAUUCGUGCAAGCAGUAGUCCAUCGGAGGGACAAUGGCUGCUAGCUUGCACAAAGAAAAAAGGAAAUCUUUUUUUAACAAAAAAAUUUGGCUAAGCACUCACUGAAAUUUAUUUAUUUUCCUUCUAGGAACUUUUGGUAAAGCUACAAGUCUUUUUACUUUAAUAUUAAGAGAAAUAGACAUGAGUUUCAA